AUGACAGAACUGGAUGUUCACCAUAGCAGCCUGGCUGUAAAGGUUCAAGAUAUCAAUGUGUGCAUUCUAGAGAAUUACCCAGAGUGCUCCAACCCCAGAGUUUUCUACAUCAUUCCCUACUUCUGUGGACAGCAUCCCCAAUGCAGGGAGCCAGGAGCAUGGGCUCUGGAGAGGGCCAAGCAGAAUGUGCUGGAGAACUACCUCCUUGUUGGUAUCCUGGAGGAGCUGGAGGAUGUUCUGCUCCUGUUGGAGAGGCUCUUACCUCAUUACUUUACUGGAGUACUCAACAUCUACAAGAGCCCUGACUAUAGGAAAAUGGGGAACAUGACAGGCACAGUACGUAAACACACGCCCACUCUGGAGGCCCUGCAGGUGUUGUACCACCGCAUGCGCUACGAGUAUGAGUUCUACAACUUCAUCCGUGACCAAUUCCACCUCAUGAAGAAAAAAAUUGGUCUCAGGUCUGUCUCCCAACCCACCGCCUACUCACCUGCUUUCCUUCGAGAGCUGGCCCUCCGAACCCCAGAGCCUCUGGACGAAGACGAGGAGCUGGAAGCAGACCUGGAGGAUGCAAACAGCUGGCUGGUCCACUCCUAAGGACUGUUUGAUGAACAGUGGAUGUAGCCCAAAAAGAAGCUGAUUGGCUAGAAUUGGCUGGAGAUAGCUGAAGGAAGCCUGAGGGCAGACAGGGAGUGUUCCCUGUCUUUCAGCAAUUCGUGAGAAAAGUGAGGUACGUUUAGGGGUGUGCAGAUCCAGAUGCUCCUGUUUGUAUGGGCUCUGAUAUCCAUUCUGCAAUAGACUCCCAUCACGACAGGCUCAGCACCGAGGACUAUAGGGGUUGAGUAAUUGGAAGGACAAAAUGCUCUAUUUAAAAAUUCACCAAGGACAAUGGAAAAUAAUGUUAAGCCCAAUUUACGUGACUCAAGUUUUGUUUUAAUUUGAGCUUGCUUUUGGGUUUGCUUAAGUCAAAAGUCCAUCAUUGCUAUUAUCUCCGGGAGAGAUUAGCGCUUCCUUGUGUUGGGAAAUAAGUGUUGGUUGCUUGGGUGAGAGGAUUUCAGAGACGUUUCCCAAGAAAGAGGUGCAUACUUUAUGAAAGAGUUAAUUUCCUAAAAGCUGGAAUGGGAAAUGGUAUCCACAAAUAAAAAAAGUACCAAAACCAUUUUUGUAUAUUAGUUGUUUAGGACUGUUAUAAGUGCCAAAGGUCACUAAGAGGUCUAGUUACUGACAGGACAUUCUGUGCACAGCUGGUGGAGUCAUGACAUAGUCAGUUGUUAUAGUAUUGGUUAUUAACAUUUUGUUUAAUUUGUAAGAUAUUAUUAUUAUUAGGUAUAAAUGAGGGUUAAACGGUAAGCACUCAAUUAUGAAUUCAAAGAAUUCCAACUGUGUGUGCAUGGAUGAUUGGUUUUGACCAAACCAGCAGUGUAUUUUAGCAUGGAUUUAUUAUUUGGAGCAAGUCAUUUGUUGAGAAUAUAUGCUGGUUUGAGAUUCAAACACUAACAAGCAUAUAAGGAGCAUUAUUUGUUUUUAUCCAAAGUUUAAAAGAUUGAGUUUGCCAAAUACCAAUGUUUCUACUGCGAUGUAUUACAAAACUGUAGAAGUAUACUGCACUUUUCCUGAGGUGACUUUUCCUGAAAUUCUGCAGCAAAAUGAGGGACUUGGUCACAAAACUGGAUACUGAUUUGCCUUUAAUUUUCCAGUGGAAUUAUGGUGCUGUCUAAGGUUUUGUUUUCCCUCUCAAAAUAUAAUCACAAAAGAGUGUGUGAAGUGUUACCGGUCCCAGCUAAAAUUCUCUCUCUCUCUCUCUUAAUUCUCCAGCAGCUAUUCAGAGUGCAUGUUUUUCAUCACUCAUGUAAAAAUCAUCCAGAGAGCAGUAACCAUAAGCUAAUGUGUGACUGUCACCUACUGUAUUUCACUCUACCAUCCUAAUCUCCAUUGCCUGUACCUUUUCAUUGUCCUCGUUUGUGUGUCCUUAUUUGCCAGUUUAAUUUAUUAUUUUGUAUUCAUUUGCGUUCCAGAUAAGAUUCUCAGGAAGGAAAAAAAAAAGUUUAAUAACUGGUUUAUUGGCGGCUAUGAAACUAUUCUUGGCAUUUUAAGUGUCUAGAAUGGGUUUAUAUUAACAUCUGAAAACUGGUUAACAACAGCUAAUGCAGUCCAUCAUUUUACAGUCUUAAAAUAAAUGUCCUCUAACUAUUUCA